AUGGAAGUUUAUGGAAAGCACGCGUAUGCUUGUCAAAUGCCCUUCUGGAUACUCAUAACUGAACAGAUCUCAACAAUCAGGCGAGAGGACUAUGAUAUAACGGAUGGCCAGUCAGAGUACGAGGAUUUGAUGCAAUCUUACCACAAGAGCGAUUCUGAGUAUGGUCGAGGACAUCAAUUUCCAGCCGCCUAUCUUAUCCGAGCCAGUGGACUGGACGAACAUGGAAUCAACUCACCGAGGCCGAUACCCUACACCCAUGUCGAUAUAUGCGCUACCAGAGGCAAGAAUACAGAACCCCCGACGGGUGUUCCAGUCAUGGCACUGACGGUGCGAUACGUGCUACCACGACUCGGCUUUAAGGCGGACAACUAA